CAUUCUUCAACCUCUUAAACCCUCUUCUGCAACUUCCAUCAGUUCCACUCAAGCCCGGCCCGAUGUUCAUCAAUUAUCUCCCAAAGCUCCAUUUUCAGUUCUCCUCACUCGCUCCCAAACCCAAACUCCUUUUCACCUCCACCCUCUCAUCCAAGCCCAUAUCCGGCCCGGUCGUCCACUUCUCUACCGCUACGCUUCUCCAGAACCCACAGUUGAACAGCUCGGAUGAGACCGUCCCGGUCAAAAUCUCCCUCGAAAAGCUCUUCGUUCCGCCGGAAACGGAUGUCUCAUCAGAAACGACGCCGUUGGGUGCCCGGAUCCUCAAGGGCUCUAACAUUGUGCUCAGCAAGUAUGCCGGGGAUGCUCAGGUGGGGCAGGCGGAGUUUGUGAAGAGCAGUGUGAAUACCGAAGACUGCCCCGGCGAUGGGUUGCCGGAGUUCGCGCUCGUUGGGAGGUCUAAUGUGGGGAAAUCUUCGCUGCUUAACUCUCUGGUUAGGCGCAAAAAGCUUGCUCUUACUUCCAAGAAACCCGGCAAGACACAAUGCAUCAACCAUUUCAGGAUCAACGGUAGCUGGUAUCUUGUUGAUUUGCCUGGAUACGGGUAUGCAUCAGCACCACAAGAACUUAGGACAGACUGGGACAAGUUUACGAAAGAUUAUUUUUUGAACCGAUCAACUCUCGUCUCAGUAUUCCUUCUCAUAGAUGCUAGCAUUCCUGCAAAACAGAUUGACCUUGAAUAUGCAAGCUGGCUUGGACAAAAUCAGAUUCCAAUGACAUUAAUCUUCACGAAAUGUGAUAAGCGGAAAAAGGCUAAGAAUGGAGGAAAAAGACCUGAAGAGAAUGUGCAAGAUUUUCAAGAGUUAAUACAAAACUUCUUCCAAACAACUCCACCUUGGAUUAUGACGAGCAGUGUAACCCACCAAGGCCGAGAUGAGAUAUUGUUACACAUGUCUCAACUACGCAACUACUGGCUCAAGCAUUGAGCGGGGGAGUGCAUACUACACCAUAUUUGGCCGGAAUGCACAAAAGAAUUUGAUAUGAUAUGCUCGAGUUGAUUAGAACAGAACUUGGGCAGGCGUGGUUUCUCCAUCGAGGAAAUCUACAAUCACCAAGCCAGGACAAACCUCUAUAAUCCAACAACCUCAUUGUGUGCAGGCUUUGUAAAGGAUCACUGCCCAGUGGCAUUUAAGGUUACUCGUAAAUAUAGAUCUAUUUUUCUCCAUAUGUGAUGGUUUUAACCUUAGUCUGAGUGUUUGAUGAUAUUGAUGAUCAUGUUCUGUCUAGCACACUAUAGUAGUUUAGUUGUCUUCCCAUCCCUGAACACAAAAUCACUUGUUAUACCAUACAUCCAGAAUUUUAAGUUGGAGAUAUUCAUGGCACAUUAUGCCAUCUACACUCUA